AUGAUGUUGAAUAGCAUACCGCACGCCUCAUUGAACAGAAUGGCAGGUCCCGUGGCUCGUCCCUUGGCAGGACAACCAUUGCCAUUACGUCCUGUUGAAACAAACAUUGCCAACACGAAGAAGCGGGCACCAUUCAAGCGAAAGACAAGGAACAACCUUGAGUGGCAAAAGGACUUGCUCGAAAUAUAUUCCGCUCUUUGGAACAGCCAUGCCACAGCCCAGACGGAAGAGGACAAACUGACGCUCCAUGGAUUUUGUCAUCAAUCUGAAAACAUGACGUCUCAAUACAAAAGAAUUCAUCACGUUUGGAAGCAACUAGGUCUUGAGGACUUCCUCUCGCGGAAAGUGGAACCAAGCAGCUCUGAAUUGAUGGAUAAGAUUAAUGGAAUGUAUCCAGUGAAUGACGACAACUCUUCGGAACAACAGCGGUCCGGCCGCAAUCGAUCCAACAAAAAGAAUGAAAUGCGGAGUGACCAAGAAUGGCAGACGUUGCUGUUCAGCUUAUACCACUACUUGUCAAGCGCUAAAGCAUUGGGACAAAAAGAGAGCGUAAGAUCUUAUUGCAUCAAGGUUCUGAAAGAUGAGCGCCAGUACAGACGUAUACAGGAUGUUUGGAGAAGUCUCCAGCUCGAAGCCGAUUUGGAAGCCAAUGUCUUGCCGGAAAGCAACGAGUUGAGAGCCAAGCUGGCAAGCAGGUAUCCCGCGACAACAAAGAAAAAAGCGUCUGCAUCUGUUGCUGAAAACUCCACAACAGCUCGCGAUCUGCGGCCCUCAUCAAAUUCGUACUUCGAUCACGCUGAAGAAGCAACGAUGUGUGAGGGUGUUGGCGCUUUUGCCAAAGCUGGAUUUCCUUUGGAAAAGGCAAAUCUUAAGCAAUGGGCUGAUGCAUUCCUCGAGGCCGAUGGGAUUGCUCGUGGCACGAAUAGUAUUGGUGGCAUUAGCAUGGAUACGGUCGAAAGACUCUACAAGCAGGGACGUCUCAAAGCAAAGGCAAAUGUGAAUCCAAUCGAUCCAAAACGAGCCGCUCAAGCAGAGAGCUCCGUCUUGAAUGCGUUUUAUCAUCAAGUGGAUGCCCACAUAAAGCUUGCGCAUGAAAUCGAUCCAGACGUUUGGCCUGAAAACAGAUAUGCUAACGUCCCUCCAACUCGCAUUUACAACACUGACGAGCAAGGACCAAACCCAACACAUCUUCGAAACCCCGUUCUUAUUCCAGAAGAGAUGCUGGAGAGGCCAAGGUUGUUUCAAAACACAAGGGAAGGAGAUGGGAAAAUGCAAUUUCAUUACAGCGUGGCGAACGUUGUGCGAGCAGAUGGUGUCCAAUGCCAUCCUCAUGAGUGUGUGGAAGGUGCCCCUGCUCCGUUUGUGCUUAUCUCUGAUGCGUCUAGCAGUCACGCAAUGGAUAGCAUGGACAAAGCUGAUCGGGACAGACUUUUGGCCAAUCAGACAGAAGCAGACGUCAUACCAUUGAAUGAUGCUGUGCUCAGAGGUUGGUUUAAUGACUAUCAAGUUGGGAAGAAGGACACGAUCGUUAACAAGUUUGGCUUCCAAGUGCGAACAACACCAACCGGCAGUAUGCUGAAGCGGACAUUCUAUGAUUUCUUGUUGCAUUUCUCGAGCCAACUACCGCAGAACCAAGGAAAGAAUGGACUGGGUGUCAUCCUCUUCUUGGAUUGGCAUUGCUCCCGUGAGUGUCCUCAGUCUCUUAUUACGGCGUUCUUUCGACUGAACAUUCUAUUGUUCGUGUUGCCGUCCAAAACAUCCAUAUGGUCUCAGCCUUGUGACAACGGGAAGAAUGAACUGACGGCUAAGGAUAUUGCGAUGGAAGCACACAAGCAGGGCUUGUUUGUUGGGAAGACGCUUGAUUAUCUGGAUGCCAACAGCAUUUUUCGUGCAGGUCUGGAAAAGAAUUGCAUUGAUCAGAAUGAUGAGUUGAGACGAACUGGAAGCAAUGCUGUAGCAUCCUCUUUCAAAAAGACCGGCUUGUAUCCCAUGGAUUAUCAAAAUGAAGGCUGGCAGUUAGCUAUUCAGAACUUUCACGGUCUGAAUAAGAUGCUGAAAGAGCAACGACGGGAAUCCGGAGAGCCCAUACCUGACAUUAUCUGGGUAACGAAAGCAAAACCAAUCAACGAUCGAGAAUGUCUUAGCGAUGAAGAAGAGGCGACGAUAAAGGUUUUCCUCCCGUCUGACGAUUUCAUGAAUGGUGGAGACGACACGGAUCCAAUCGAGGUUCCAACGUUGUUUCUUGCGUUUGCCAUUGCCGAUCAGCUGUUGGGGAAGCACGUGCUUGAUCCAAAGCGAGACCUAUCUCGUCCCCCAAAACCAACCGACGAUCUUGAAAAGGCCGCGUUGAAACUAGUCCACUAUGUGGCGGUUACGGAUGACAACCAUGUCGACACUACGUGCACACGGUCGGCCGAUGCAAUUGCCAGAGACAAGCUUGAAACAAAGCUUUCGGUUCUGAUGUUUGGCCAUUCAAUCAUGCUUCGCAAGAGAGAUGACAAUUCGCUCGUUAACCUCACAAAGCAAUCCGCUUCCAAAUUUAUGGAAUUCGACAACGACAGACGUGCUAGUCGGAACUUCACUCCGUCGAGCUUUGCUCAAGUUUUGGAUCAGUACUACGAUGGCGCCGAUGAUACCGCUUACGCUCUUACCAAAAAGGAUAAGAGAAAAGGGCAAAAGCGAGCUCGCGUAGCAAGAAAGAAGCUAAACAGCAGCAUGUACGCAGAAGCCACGGAAGUUGCCGAUGGUCUCCAUUUGACAAGAAACUUGGAGGCAAUAAUACAACGAUUGCGAACCAAACAUCCGCACUUUGCAAGCCAACUUGUGCACCUCUUAGAAGACGAAGAUAUGGGCAUGGCAGACCUCUAUGAUGACUUUGAAGCGGUUGUGCUGGAUCCUUUCACGACGGUUGUCCCGGUUUCGAGGGAGGGUGUGACAAAAGAGAUAUCUGUCACGAGAGUUGGUACGGACGUAUCCGCUGUGGGUUAUAGGAUGGAAACGACACUGAUGAAAAUGAUGAUUGAUAUGAAAGCAAAGACAGGAGGCGCGGCGAAGAGGAGAAAGCGGAACCGUCGUCCCGGCACGGCCACGCAUUUGGGCAAGAGCGGAGUAGUUGCCGGCAUCUUGCUUCAGAGACAAAGCAAAGAAGAGGAGCUCAAAGCUUUGGAGAAGACGGAAAAGAGUGCAAUUGAUGAGCUCGACAAGCUGAAGACGCUUCAUCAAAAAGCGGUCGACCUUAAGACACAACUCAGCGACGGCUUUUGGAAAUGGGAUGUCGUCAAAGGGUGGCGAAGAGUGGCUCUGGCUCGUUUGUUUGGAGUAUUCAAGUCUGGCGACAAAGCUGACGCUGUUGCAUCCAGUCUCAAAGCAUUGAAUCUCACGAAAGAGAAAGUGUUGGCAAAGAUGGCGGAGCUUGAAAGAGAGAUCAAGUCAAAGGAGCAAACGAUAAGUCCCAUCGUCGCACAACGAAGAGAGAGAGAGGAUUUCAUGGCAGAAACAGCAGAUUACGCCGUUGCUCCCAGCAACACUUGUGAAACACAAAAUGAUGAGAGCGAUGAUGAUGAUGAGGACGACUAG